AUGGCAGUCACUGCGUUGGCGACGCGGGUAAGGCUCUGCGUGUUGGGAGUGAGAGCCAUGCAAGCCCGAGGCUUCAGCUCGAACCAGUCGGAGGAUCUCGAUAGGGGCGCAGGCUCAGUCCGGGAAGCCGGUGGGGCCUUCGGAAAGAGAGAGGCUGCAGAAGAGGAGCGAUACUUCCGAGCACAGGCUAGACAACAACUGGAAGCCCUGAAGAAGCACCAUGAAGACGAGAUCAUUCAUUCUAAGAAGGAGAUUGAGCGUCUGCAAAAAGAAAUUGAACGGCACAAGCAGAGAAUAAAGAAACUGAAAAAUGAUGAUUAA